GAGCACAAUCAACCCACAUACACGAACAUUUAGAGCACAACAACCAAUUCCUACGUCUCAAAUAGAAGCUCAAUAGUUCGCAAUCACAAUGGCUGCACAGAAUAAGUUACUGAUAACUGGUGUUACGGGCUACAUUGGAUUCCAGACUCUGAUCAUCGCGCUCGAGCGGAAUCACAAUGUGCGCGCCGUCGUGAGGAGCCAGGCCAACAUCGCCAAACUGCGCAGCAUGAACGCCCGUGUCGCAAAAUCCCAAGACGACGGCGUGCUCGAAUUCGCUAUCGUGCCUAAUUUCCUCGCACCGAACGAUAUCACAAGCGCGCUCGACGGCAUCACAGAAAUCAUUCACUUGGCCUCGCCGCUCGCAGCACAAGCUGACGACUAUGAGCGAGAGAUCAUCGCGCCAGCUGUGGAUAUGGUGACUGUCGUGCUCGAAGCAGCGACCCAGACCCCUUCGGUCCGGAGACUAGUUAUCACCUCGUCGUGCGUGACAUUGGUUCCUUUCGAAUGGAACUUCGCCCCCGACAGCGAGAGGACGUACAGUGCGGACGACAUAAACUCGCAUCCCACACAGCCCUACGGCAACCCCAUGGAGGCAUACUGGGCAUCCAAGGCGCUCGCCAGGAUAGCAACCCGCGAUUUCGUCAACACCAAAAAGCCGCACUUCGACUACAUCAACCUACUCCCCUCGGUCGUCAUCGGGCCCGACACUCGCAUCCCGUCCGACGGGACCGCCAAGCCCGGGGACCUGACCGCCGAGGCCCGGGGCUCCGUCCUGGCGUCCGCCCUCGACGCCUCGCUCAACUCGCCGUUCCCAUUCGUCGGGGUGCCCGUGCAUGUCCGGGAUGUGGCCAGGGCCCAUGUCGAUGCCGCCGUCCCUGCUGAGGGGCAGACCGAGAUCGCCGGCAAUGCCGAGUACAUCCUGAGCUCGGACGCGCCCGAGGGUGUGGUCUGGGAUCGUGACACGCCCGCGAUUGCGCGCAAGUAUUUCCCGGAGGAGGUGGCGAAUGGCACGCUGCCGCUGGAGGGCUCGCUGACUGCCAUCAAGUGGAGACUGGAUACAAGCAAGACGGAGGAGGCCUUCGGGUGGAAGAUGACGACCUUUGAGCAGACGAUGAAGGAGAUGCUUCUGCAGUACAUAGACUUGAAGAACGGCCGGUAAAGUUGAGGGCCGUGCAGUAACAUAGCUCCGGAAGAUGUCGCCCGCCUGCAAUCCUAACU